AUGGAAAUCAUCCAACAGAAGCCCACCAACUACGCCAUCCACACCAGCCCAGCCAACGACCUGCGGCUAGUCGAAUGCGAAAUCCCCAAGAUCGCACCAAAUGAGUGUUUAGUGCACGUCCGCGCAACCGGUAUCUGUGGCUCUGAUGUGCACUUCUGGAAACAUGGCCAUAUCGGGCCUAUGAUCGUGACGGGCGACAAUGGCCUGGGGCACGAGAGUGCCGGCGUGGUAUUGCAAGUCGGCGAGGCCGUUACACGCUUCAAGCCUGGCCUCUACCAUGCCUGUCCGGACGUGGUCUUCUUCUCCACACCCCCGCACCAUGGUACUCUGCGCAGAUACCACGCCCACCCUGAGGCCUGGCUCCACAAGAUUCCCGACCACGUUUCCUUCGAAGAGGGUUCUCUCCUCGAGCCACUGACCGUGGCGCUGGCGGGUAUUGAUCGCUCUGGAUUACGACUCGCCGAUCCACUAGUCAUCUGCGGCGCUGGGCCAAUCGGUCUGGUUACUUUACUCGCAGCUAACGCUGCUGGCGCUGAACCCAUCGUCAUCACCGACCUCGAUGAGAACCGUCUCGCAAAGGCGAAGGAGCUGGUUCCUCGCGUGCGACCAGUUAAGGUAGAAAAGGGAGAGAGCUCGGCUGAUCUCGGCCAACGGAUCAUAUCUGAGCUGGGACAGGAAGCUAAGCUUGUGAUGGAGUGUACGGGUGUGGAGAGUAGUGUGCAUGCGGGUAUAUAUGCAACCCGCUUCGGAGGCACCGUGUUCGUGAUCGGAGUCGGCAAGGACUUCCAGAACAUCCCGUUCAUGCACAUGUCCGCAAAGGAAAUCAAUCUCAAGUUCCAGUACCGAUACCACGAUAUUUACCCCAAGUCGAUCGCUCUGGUUGCUGCGGGGAUGAUUGAUCUCAAACCGCUGGUGUCGCAUCGGUUUAAGUUGGAGGAGGGGUUGAAGGCGUUCGAUACGGCUAGUAAUCCUCGGUCGGGGGCUAUUAAGGUGCAGAUUUUGGAUGAUUGA